AUGCACGUGGUGGUGUAUGAUUCCCUGGGAGUCGAGGACUAUAUUCAACUCGCUAGGUCCUUAAUGUUGACACCUAGUUCCUUGAAGAAGCUUCUUGUUCUUUUUGGAAUAGUUCCGCGAGACCCAAACCAAAGAACUCUCACGGUGAACUCUCUCUCUCCGAAGAGUAAGCAAAUGAUGGAGGCUCUGACAGGAGCUGUGGCCGAGAGGAAAGCUAAAUGGAUAGGCGCCGCCGACAGAGCACGUAGCGGUAACAUAUUCCGGAUGUGGCGAGGAGGCGACGUGAGGGCCAUGGGGACAUGA